CUACAUAAAUAGUACUAGACUUCAGGCAUUUAAGUCCAUUCUUACCGGCUCACAAAAUUUGCUUCUACACUAUGGCAUAUCAUAUCCCUUGUAAAUUACUCUUUCUCUGUCUUACAUUCUUCACCACUACACAAACACAAGCACAUUUCGCCGAAGAGUCCCUAGAAAUCAGUGAAAUUAAAACACCACAAAAAACAACAAAACUCCACUUUUACUUCCAUGACAUACCAAAUGGAAAGAACCCAACAGCAGUAAUAAUUGCAAGACCAGCAAACCAAAAAACUGUUGGAUUCGGCACCCUUGUCAUGAUCGAUGAUCCAUUAACUGAAGGCCCGGAAACAAGCUCGAAACUCGUUGGUAGAGCUCAGGGUAUGUAUGGUGAAGCAGGCCUUGAUUCAGGCGAUCAUCAGGAUAUGUCUAGCUUAUUGAUGACCAUAACACUUUCCUUCACACAAGAGAAGUUUAAUGAGAGUAGCAUUAGUAUCUUGGGGAGGUAUCGAGUUUCGGACGAACAAAGAGAAAUGCCUAUUGUUGGAGGCACUGGUGUUUUCCGGCUUGCUCGUGGUUAUGCUCUAGCAAAGACAUACAAAUAUGAUCCUAAAACCGGAGUCGCUGUCUGAGAGUACAAUGUGUUUGUGUUACAUUAGGAUAUUGUACUCUUAAUUUGAAAAGGUGAUGUCUAAUGUUUUGUGAGCUACUUAAUUAUGCGAUAAAAGGUGACCUUGGAAUA